GUUCAAGUAAACAAAAACUCGGUUUGUUGUGGAAAAACAAAUCGGAUUUCGAUUGUCAACAACUUUUCGUGGUGCAUCGGAUCUUUUUGUGUUUGCGAGUUCUUGUGAAAAUCGUUGAAAAAUGUGUCUUUGCUGUGCUGGUGUUUCUGAAAUGUGUGUCUCUAAAAAAAGGGGUGAUUUAGUGUCUGUGAUAGGACUUAUCGUACCUGUUGUUUGGGUCUUGUUAUAAAGAAAGAAGUGAAUAUGGUAGCAAAGGAUUCAUGCAACACCUCCACGAAAAUACACAUCGAUCAGAAUUGCUAUCCCGACAAAGGAGUCCUGUUACCAGAAGCUUUAAGUAAAAUGUCCAUAAACAAAAUUAAUAAUAUCGAAGACAACAAUAAUACGCUUAAAAAUAACCAAGAAGCCACUAAAAAUAACAUCGAAGAAUUUAUUCAAAGUAUUUUAAAUGAUAUCUUUGAAAAUGCGUUUAAUAUUGCAGAACCCAAUACAGUAAUGACGCGAAAAACUAGUCUAAGCUUUCAGGAAAAGCAAACACGAGACUUGAAUAGGCGGGUAUCUAUUCUCGAUGAUGACGAAAAUGUUGUUGAGGUUCGAAACAACUACGUAAAUUUGCAUAGAAGAGCCAUCAGCGAAACGUUUACGGGUACAAACUACGUGAUAGACGAAAAUGAAAACAACGAUUACACCAAAGAUAACAAACACAACAACAAAUCAAUUGCUUUAGAACCUCCGGUAGUUAAAGAGAAGGAAAAGAAGAAGAAACGAAUAUCAUUUAAUUCACUUUUUGGCAAAAAGGACAAGAAAACCAAGGAGAGCAAAGAAGAGGAAGAAAAGCAGGACAAUUUGGCUCAAUUGCCGGUUUUUACAUCGAACUCUUUGGGUAAGAGCAAAAAGUAUGCCUCGGCUGUUGAGCUAAGCCAGCACAGUCACAAAUCGGUGCUACAAAGAACUCCAUCGUUUUUUCGGAAGUUGAUCCAUAUCGGUGAGGAUCCCGCGAACGCGAUAAAACGGUCGUUGAGUUUCCGCGAAGUGACUAAGAAACCGACCAAAUCGUCGUCUCGGGAGAAAUUAACUGAGAAGAAAAACCAAGAGUGGAGGCAGUCGCUACAGUCUUUGGUUGAGACUGAUAUUAGUGUUAGUUAUAAUGACCUUAGUUUUGUCAACUAUGACGCUCUCAACGAUAUUCAGUAUGAACCCGUGAGCUUGAAAGCCGGUUGUAGUGGCAGUAAGGGGUAUAUUGGACGUACGCAGAGUAUGAUCGAAAAGAGGUCUCCAAACCUUCAGAGACCUUCAUAUCAUCGACUGUCUUCUGCCAGUGAAAACAAUCAUCUCAGCGCAACAAAUUUAAAGGUUCCUUCUUCUGCCAUAUCACUGCCCGCCUUAAAUCACAACCAUCAAGAUGCUGAUAAUGUAUCAGGAAGCAAAACGUCCAUCCACAAAAUACGCCGCCGUCCUCAAAGUAUUAACUCCGACGACGGUGGGAGUAGCGGUGGUCUGCAUUUCGCCUCCUCUGCCGGCGGCAGCUUCAGAUCGGUCGCAGGCGAUUGUGUUAAUUUAAAAAGACAUAACGCCUAUCGGCACAAAGGGCGCUAUACUAGUGCCUUGGACGACAACGGCAGCGGCAAAAGUCAAACGGUAAGUGAAAAUUUUGUAAUAAUUCGUUUUAUUCGGAAAACCUACUAAGAUGUUUAUUAUUAUUAUAAUAUGUCUGUAAUAUUGCCAUACUCAUUACUGUCCCUUAGACAUUAACAAUUUAUUACACAAAUACCAACGUGGAUCAACACUUUACUACACUAUUUAACUAACUCAAUCUUCUUCCUCUUUAGAUUCUAA